GGGCCGGCGCCCGCCGGGGUCUAUGGGUCCGCCGGCUGCGUAGGGGCCAUGCCGCCCGGGCUCCGGGCCUGCCCCGCUGUGCGCCCCGGCCGCCGCGCCCCGCGUCCGCGCCGGCAUGGUGAACCUGGCGGCUAUGGUGUGGCGCCGGCUCCUCCGGAAGAGGUGGGUGCUCGCCCUGGUCUUCGGGCUCUCGCUCGUCUACUUCCUCAGCAGCACCUUCAAGCAGGAGGAGAGGGCGGUGAGAGAUCGGAAUCUCCUCCAGGUUCAAGACCACGAGCAGCCCAUUCCGUGGAAAGUGCAGUUUCACCUGGGCAACAGCAGCCGGCCUGGCAACCAGUGCCGGAACUCCAUUCAAGGGAAGCACCUCAUCACGGACGAGCUAGGGUACAUCUGUGAGAGGAAGGACGUGCUGGUGAAUGGCUGCUGCAACGUCAACGUCCCCGGCACGAAGCAGUUCCGCUGCGACGGCUGCCUGCCCAGCGGCUGCUGCAGCGCCUACGAGUACUGCGUGUCCUGCUGCCUGCAGCCCAGCCAGCAACUUCUCCUGGAGCGCUUCCUCAACCGGGCAGCCAUGGCAUUCCAGAACCUCUUCAUGGCCGUCGAAGACCACUUUGAGCUGUGUUUGGCCAAGUGCAGAACCUCAUCCCAGAGCGUGCAGCACGAGAACACCUAUAGGGACCCCAUAGCCAAGUAUUGCUACGGAGAGAGCCCUCCUGAGCUCUUCCCCGAGUGACGGGCACGGACGACGACACACGGGCGACCCAGCACCACCGAAGAUCUGGUGGCCCGAAGCCACGCUCCAGUGCUCUCUCGUUCGCUGGGGAGAAGAGGGUCUUCGUGCUUUGACCUUGGCUUUGACCACUUCUUGUGUUGUGCGUUUUGGCCUCGCUCUCCACCGGGCUUUACCCCGUGAAACUGUUCUGUAAAGUAGCUUGGAAACGCCAGUGAGUCGCGUUCAGGGACAGACUACGGGCGAGCUUGUGGAGGCGAGGGUGCUCGGGGACACCUCUACCGUUGUAGACGCAUGGAACCCUUCACUGUAAAGUUAUUUAUUGCAUUUCUUUGGAGUAGUGGGAAGAUGAUGUUUUAUAGAGGAGGAUGCCUUGCCUUGAUAGUCGAAUAUAUUCAAGGAAAUUGUUUUCUUGUGUUCUUGAGUUUCAUGAGCUAAGUCAUCCCUUCUCCCAGAUAAAAUGUUUGACCUCUCUGAACGUG